CCUUUGACACAAAGUAAACUUAAUUUCAUCUUAUGUAGUCAGUGAUGUAAAGGAAUUAUAAGGUUAAAAACAAAUCUACUUCAGGUGAUAUAUGAACGCAUAGGAUAAUGCAAACAAUCGCUGUAAUGGAACACACUGGGUUAUUUCUUACUAUCCUACAAGAAAACCUGAUCAAUGAAAAUACUAGUACACCGGAAGAAUCAAUGUCACAUUAUGUUGCACUUGAGCUUAAUCUAUGAAGUUGUGUUGCAACGUUAUUAAACAAAAUUUGGCCAAUGAAAAUUUCAGGUACAAUUCCCGAUGUGUUACCAAUCACUAGGAAACCUAUUUGCAACAAAUGUAGGUCCAAGAUUAAUGUUACAGCAUAUCAUAACUGACAUGGAUAUCUAGUUUGCUAGAAAAGUCAAUAUGACAGAAUAGCAUAGACACACAAGAGCUAUUUGUUCCUCCGGAUGGCGGAUCAAAUAGAAAUCCAAACUUCAGUCAAACUAUACUGUAACCUUGUCACCGCUGCUUCACGAUGCUACCCGCCAUGUUCUUCCUCCUGGUGUUUCUCCUGACCAGCGGGGCUGAAGGCAGGAGCCUGACGGACCGUCCGUUCUCAGACAGCCGCGGACGGGUGUAUCCUUCAGCAAGGACCACAGUGACAACUAUCCCAUGGACAACAACCACGCCCCACCUCCCGUGCUGGGCCUACCUAAAGUUCACCUGCCCUGACCUCGACUGUCAGGGUCAUGGUUCCGUACCUCACGACUACGCCAACUGCGUGUGCGGCUUCUGCCUCUGCCCUACAGCGGAUAACUACCGGCCUUGGUCAUGUGAGAGUCCUACCACCAUCCCGACAACCAUACCCACAACCCAAACCACAACCGCCCCCACCACCACAACCACCCCAUGGACAACCACGCGACCAUGCUGGGCCUACCUAAAGUUCACCUGCCCUGACCUCGACUGUCAGGGUCAUGGUUCCGUACCUCACGACUACGCCAACUGCGUGUGCGGCUUCUGCCUCUGCCCUACAGCGGAUAACUACCGACCGUGGUCAUGUGAUCCUCCUACCACCAUCCCGACAACCAUACCCACAACCCCGGUCCCAUUCAUCAGCACCACCACACCCCAGACAACCACUCCAUGGACAACCACGCGACCAUGCUGGGCCUACCUAAAGUUCACCUGUCCUAAUCUAGACUGUCAGGGUCAUGGUUCCGUACCUCACGACUACGCCAACUGCGUGUGCGGUUACUGCCAGUGCCCUACAGCGGACAACUACCGGCCUUGGUCAUGUGAUCCUCCUACCACCAUCCCGACAACCAUACCCACAACCGUAACCACAACUACCCUAGUCCCUCCUACCACCACCACCAGUCACAAUUGUUGGCACUACGGCUGGAAGUUUACCUGUGUCCACAAGCCUUGUGUGGACGGGACACCUGACGACUACGCCAACUGUAGAUGUGGGGAGUGUCCAAAUGGUCACAACUGUUACGCCUGGGACGGCACCAUUAUCCCUGCACAUGGGCCCGUUGAUGUGGACGGCGUGACUUGUCAGUGUCGCAACUCCGGAUUCUCGCAUUAUGCCGACUGUGACCUGGGCGCCAUCACUGGCUGAGCGAUUGACUCAAGUCAUGUUAGAGUUUGCGCAAAGAUGACGAAUGAAAAUUAAAUUCACAAAAUUAA